UGCGUGGAAAUGAUUCAAAACGUGUUUUCAAAAAGGGAAAAUGAUCUUUGAGGGUAAUAAAGUAUUCGUCUUGUAUUCAUUAGGUUCCUUAUUUUUUUUUUUGUCUUUAUUAUACCAUUGAACUUAUAAUCUCUGUUCACUAAAACCAUCGCGACCGGUUAUCACCUGUUUUACCGGUUACCACAUUUAAUUAAAGAUGACAUGUCUUAUUACGUGGAAUUAGAACACAUUUAAUUACCGUUUCUCUUUCACCCGUUUGUCCUUACAGUUAGGGUUCGUUUUAAUUGAGGGAAGAAAAAGUUCAAUCGAAGCAUACGGUUAGGAAAUUAAAGAGAAGUGGUGAAUGCGAGUGUUAUAGUGAAGAAGAUGGCCUCUGAUUCCAAACAAAGUAAGUAUUUAACAGUUUAUAUACAUUAUAAUGGUUUAUUCGCACGAAAACCAUUAGUGUACUUGAACGUUGUUGUUGUUUCAAUCUGUGAUGUCGAUUUUGGUGCAAUGGAUUUCAAAGACUUUAACUUGUUCAUUGCAAAGUUGAUUGAAGGCAGUUGUGAUAAUGUAUAUUAUUGCACUACAAAUGAACCAUUGGCAGAGGGUAUUAGGAGAAUUAGGAAUGAUGCUGACUACUUUGAGUUUAUUGAAACGGGUUAUAGUGAUGAAGUCGGUCUAAGAAUGAAUGUGUAUAUAGACCACGAAAAUGAACCUGUACUUGAUUGGGAUGAUAUGGAAGUAAUGGAAGAUGAUGAAGGGCAUUAUUCUGAGGAAGACCUGGAUGAUGAUAAAGAUUCACAACUUUCUGAUGAUGUUCCAUAUGAGCAUGAAGCAGAUGAUUACAUUCCUUCUCUUGACAAGACUAUUGGUGAUGAAUUCUUACAUCGGGUGUCAGGUAUGUGUAAGCAUAUAGAUGAUGAGGCUGAAACUGAUGAGGUUGAAACCAAGAAUGGAGAUGACAAACCAGUGUACCCUAUCCAUAAUGAGAACCAUAAAUGGGACAAAAUGGUGCCAAUUCUAGGUAUGAGAUUCUCUAACCCCAUGGAAUUGAAAAAUUGUUUGACUAACUAUGCAGUGAAGAAUGGGUACAACCUUUAUUUUGAGAAAAAUGAUAGUCAGAGGUUAUUAGUGAGAUGUUGUAAAGAGAACAAGAACCCCUCUUGUCCUUUUAGACUGUGGGCUUCCUGGAUGAGCAGUGAAAGGUCUUUCCAAAUUAAGUCAUUAGUUGAUGAACAUAACUGUUCAAGAGUCUUCAAACUUGGUUCCAUUGUAACAUAUAAAUGGAUUGGAAUGCAUUUUAAGAAUCAACUUGUGAAGAACCCUAAAAUGAGCAUAAGGAAAAUGAAGGCCAAAGUGAGUACAAAGUUUAACUUGAUUGUUAGUGUCACUCAAUGUAGAAAUGCUAGGAGAUAUGCUUUGGAUGAGAUAGAGGGUAGUUUGAUAGAACAUUAUGGUAAAGUAUGGAGUUAUGGAGAAGAAAUAACGAGGACAAAUCCUGGUUCAACAGUAAAGAUAGAUGUGAAUGUCAUGCCUGAUUCCACAACCUACUUUUCUAAAAUGUAUGUUUGUUUUAAGGGUGUGAAGGAUGGUUGGAUUGCAGCAUGUAGGAGGGUAAUAGGGGUAGAUGGUUGUUUUUUAAAGGGUAUAUGUAGAGGCCAACUGUUAGCAGCUAUGGGUAGGGAUGCAAACAACCACAUCUUCCCUAUUGCAUGGGCUGUGGUGGAAGUUGAAAAUAAGGAAACUUGGAAGUGGUUUCUUGACCUCCUUCUGGAUGACAUUGAAAUGGGAAUUGGUCAUGGAUUGACCCUCAUAUCAGACCAACACAAGGGAUUAAUAGAGGCUGUCAAAGAAAGGGUUCCAGCAGCAGAGCAUAGACAAUGUGCUAGGCACAUCUAUGCUAACUUCAAGAAAAGAUUCAAAGGUGAACAAUAUAGGAAGUUGUUUUGGGCAGCAGCUGCUAGUACUACUCAACCAAAAUUUGAGGCAGAAAUGAAUUCCAUAAAAAAAAUUGACCCUUUGGCUUAUGAACACCUCAUGGAAAGGGACCCUAAAAGUUGGUGCAGGGCAUUCUUUGAAGUGGACAGGGCUUGUGAUGCUUAUGAGAAUGGCAUAUCAGAAAGUUUCAACUCUGUUAUUGAUCUUGCUAGGAAAAGGCCACUCAUCACCAUGUUGGAAGAGAUAAGGAUUUAUGCAAUGGAGAGGAUGUAUAAAAUGUUGCAAGAGGGACAAAGUUGGGGGAAUUUAAAAAUAUGUCCAUCUAUAAGGUUGAAGAUAUCAAAGCUAAAGAAACAACAAAGGUAUAAUAUAACUUCUAUUAUAUUAAUAUUAUAUGUCUCAUAUAUAAGAUUAAUAGAACUUCUUAUUUUUUUGGGCAGACUUUGAGGUGUUAUACCACCUGGGAUACAACAAUAUGAAGUUAGGAUUGGAAAUGAUGGAUAUGCUGUGGACCUUAACAACAACACAUGUGGAUGUAGAUCUUGGCAAGUAUCAGGUAUCCCAUGUGUGCAUGCAGUGGCAGCCAUUUCAUACCUUAACAGGAAUGCAGAGGAUUAUGUUGCACCAUGGUUCCAUACAGCCAUGUUCUUGACUUGUUACAACCAUACCAUUAACCCACUUAAUGGUAGUUCCAUGUGGCCUGAAGCUCCCUACAUGAAGCCAUUGCCUCCUCAAAAAAGAAGGUUACCAGGAAGGCCAACCCUUAAAAGGAAAAAAGAUCAAUCUGAGAUGGAAAGCAAGGGGAAAACAAGGCAUACUAUCUCAAAAGCAGGUUCAGUUAAUAGAUGCACUAUUUGUAGAGAAAGGGGCCACAAUAGAUCAACAUGUCCUACUAGACCAGCAGAUGUAACAUCCACUUCAAGGCCAAAAAACAAGAAACCUAAAAAAUGUAAAAAAGAGAAAGGUAUGCUAUUAAAACAAUAUAAUUUAAAUGGAACAUCCAACUCAUUAGCUACAUAUUUGUAUAGCAGGUAAAGUGGAACCAGUUCAAGUGGAUCCAGUUCAAGCAGAUCCAGUGGAUCCAGUUCAAGUACCAGCUCCACAGGUUGAUCCAGUUCAAGCAGAUCCAGUAGAUCCAAUUCAAGUACCAGCUCCACAUGUUGAACCAGUUCAAGAAGAUCCAGUGGAUCCACUUCAAGUACCAGCUCCACAUGUUGAACCAGUUCAAGCAGAUCCAAUGGAUCCAGUUGAUGUACCAGCUCCACAUGUUGAACCAGUUCAAGUAGAUGAUCCACAUCCAGAUGUUGAUGUCCCUGCUCAACCAGUUGCAACUAGACAGAGGAUACGAAAAUACACAGAAAGAAUUACCAAGAUAGGGUUGAGGAGGAAGGUUUUGAAGAAAGAAGGAAGCACUGGACACAACCCAACGGUGUUGGAAUGAUUUUAUUUGGAAAGACAAACUUUUAGUCUUAUAAAUAUGUAAUUGGGAAAAAUUUAAGAAUCAUGGCACAUGGCACAUCUUUUGACAUAUUAGGACAACUGUGGGCACAGCUUUUGUAAUAGUGCACAUGCUGAUGGAAUAUUACAACUUUGUCUUUUAUCUAUAUGCUUUGGUGUACGGUUAUUUGCAUAUAGAUUGUUUAA